AUGAACAAAAAUAGCAUCAAUAAGAAUGGAUGCACUCAAUCACCCACUUUACAUCAACUAAUAACUUACAUACUUUAUUUUCCAAACAUACUCAACUGUUUUUUCCUAAUAUCUUUACUUGAUUACUAUGCAAUUCACUUCACCAUUUUAGGUAUCUUAACUUUGAUGUCUAUAAUUUCUAGUGUGAAAACUACUUUGAGUCGUCCCAUUGAUUAGUUUAUAAUUUAACAAUAUAAGGCGCAAGUUUAAGGAUAACAUUUUGACAAUGGAAGCAAUAAAUUAGAGUCAUUUUGUGAAAUAUGCAAUGCCUAUGUAUAGGAGAACACUAAACAUUGCAGAAAUUGUGACAGAUGUUGUUAGGGUUUUGAUCAUCACUGUAAAUGGAUAAAUAAUUGUGUAGGAAAUCUCAAUUAUAAUCUUUUCAUCUUUAUGAUUACUUCAACUUUGUUUCUCUUCAUGUACACAAUGCUCAUCUACAUCUCUAUCAUAGUGUUGUAUCAAACAAAUUAUGAGACACUUCUCAUAGACAAUGAAUUAUAGAAAUUUCAUUUUACAAAAGAAAAUGAUCUCAACGUGAAAUACAUAUUAUCCAUAGUAAUGCUAGGGGACUCCACAUUAAUUGUGAUUUUAAUGUUGCAAUUACUUCUCUUUCACAUUUAUUUGAUCAUAAAAGGCACAACAACUUAUGAUUUCAUAAUGAAAAGCCAAUUCAAAAAAAUACUGCCUCAAUUUCAAAUAGGACCUUAAACUUUUCAGAAUGCAUCUAAAACUACCUAAAAAGUGAUUCAUGAAAUAUAUGGAUUAGCUAAGAAAAAUACAUUAGUUGAGAUCACUUAAAAUUAACAUAAAAUGAUUCCAGAUAAACAAACAAUUCAAGAUGAAACUAUCAUAGAAAAUCAAAUUUAGGCAUGA